CCCACGUGUAGUGCUUUGGAGCUCCAGCUAUAGAAAGAAUGGCCUUGUUUGGGUUUAAUGUCGUUUUAACAAUGAUUGUAGCUAGCGUCAUACAUAAACUAGGGCCCCACUACUCCUUUGGUCGCUGGUUCCUCACUCGAGGCCUCCAUUAUUACACUGUUCCUGUGGAUUCCAUCCUCAUAUCUCACGUGGCCACUCACAACUCAGAAACUUCUAAAAAGAUACCCAAAUCCCUGCCAUUGGACUCUAGCCUCUACUUAAAAAGGAUAGGCCCCAUCCCAUUGACCCCAAUGCCCAUUAACUAUGCUGUCAUACUCCUCACCUUCUACUACAAGGAGUGCAAGUGGAUACUUGAUCUCUUCAUGGCCGUCCUUUUUGUGACUUUGGUUACUUUUGUUGUGUACAUUUUUAAUCCGGUUUGGCACUGCUCACAAGUCAAUAUGAGCAGUGUGUGGAUUGGUUUCAUAUUCAUGUACACGCUGAUUCAACUUUAUAAACUAUCAACGGUCUACUUGUCAUCAGAGCUUCCUAAGGAGAGAAUUACUUUAGUUGUUUUGUCUCUUUUCCUCUUUGUUUGUAUACUGGCCUUCUUGCCACUGGAUGGAAGUGUCUUUGAUUUCAAACUUUAUUUAGGAUACAUUGACUUCAUUAAUGGGCUAUUGAUCACCCUCACUCCAGCUGUCAUUAAUAAUACCAAUAUUCAUACGAUAGACAGAGCAACGGUUGAAAGUUACGUACCUUUCAAGCUAUACUUAUUAAUGAUUGUAUCUAUUGGGACUUAUGUUGGAUUUGUGCUUGUGUUUCCGGUACUUAAUUACACAAAGCUUCAUUUUGAGACGGUUAAUGAUUCCAAAGGAUUAGUGUUACGCACACUCCUUCAUAUUAAUUACAUAUUUCCAUUGGUUACCCUCACUCUUUGGUUUAGAACUAUCGCCUGGAACGACGAGGCUCUCCCGCCCAAUGCUAUUCCUGUUAAUCCUGUCUAUCGAUUUCUAUUAGUGAUAGUUCUUUGUUGUCUCAGACUAUCUCUCUUUCAGCUCCACAUGAAGACAUACCUUGCUCGAGCUAAAGACAGUUUGAAUAACCUGAGGUCUACAAAGCCAAGAGUAACUGUUGGAGACUUUAAACUGAAAGUGAAAAGCAUCUUCAGUUUUUAUGGAGGAGCUUCACUUCAGUACUUUGGUCCAGUAAUCUUCCUAACUACAAUACAGCUGUUGUAUUUGAUCUCAUCUUCUUACCUUGAUAUAUUGGACUGUUCUCAAUUUCACAAGAUGAGAGAUGCUAGGGGUGUCUUUUAUCUCUCAGUCUAUCGCUAUCCGUUAUCUUUCUUGACCUGGUGGGUCCUUUUUGUCCUCUUCUUUGUCUCUAGUGCUGGCUCACUCAUUGAUGCAGCAAUAUGAACAGCUGGUGGACACACUCUAAUUAUUAGUUGCUAAGUAUUUUUGAGUUAAUAUACGUACAUGUGUUAUAAUACUAUUAUUAUUAUUAUGUACAUCUCAAAUUUUGAUAAAUGAGAUUCUAUUCACUAUUUUAGUC